GAAUCAUAUUCUCCUCCUAUAUAUAAAGGCCUAAACCCCUACAAAGGUUGCAUUGUUACACUUUCAAGUUUCUAGUUUGGUUUAUCAGCCGAAGCCUAUAUGAAUAUGAGUGCAGCUGGAAUCAUUACGUUUUCACAGAAACUACGAAUAAUUAGGUCACAGAAAGUGUACCAAAUUAAACGUCAGAUGAGCACGUUUUCGAGGUGGUGUGAAAGUGACGACAAAGCUGAGAUAUGGAGGAACGAGAAGGAAGAGGAGGAGAUAAAGAAAGGGGAGUGGUGGGUGCCACAUCAUCGAACAGGGAUAUAUUUUCCAAUAGGGCAAGAAAGGGUGAUGGAUGACAUACCAAAUGGUGCAGCCUCUCUUCCUCAGACUUAUUGGAUAAGGAGUGAAGAUGGUGUUGACAAACCCGACCCGGAUUUUCCCAAUAUUGCCCAUGACAUUACUAAUUAUAGGCAACGUUAUUGAAAGUAGCUAUCUACUACUUAAUUAGAUAAAGAGGAAAUCUCUUUAGAUUUCGGAUCGUCCAAAAAUAACUAGUGCACUUGGUGUUGCAGUAAUACUACUACUAAUAAAUAAGAUAAGUGGCAGUUGCUCGUUGUAGAUUGGGGCCUACGUCCAAUCUAUCUAUCUAUAUAUAUAUAUAAAGCAGGGCAUUAGACCUGCCACGUGACAUGCUUUUUUGGCCUCAAA